GUGAUUUCCCACCGAUGAUUUUUUUCCGAUUUCAAAAAAAAACUCGGGUUUCGGAGAUAUUUCGGGUGGUUUCACACGCCCUCGGGGAAUUUUUUCCCGCCACACACACACCAGAGGACACACACACACACACCCUUUACGCACGCAACGAAAGACGCACACGCGCUCCGGGCACAUGGGUCGCCCAAAGGGUAAGCGCAAGCUGCCAAGGAACGCCGACGGCACGAUUCGGAAGGCCCCUUCGCCCCUUUCGGACCCUGCUGUAGGCAACGACUCUCCUCCCUCUUCCGACCAUGAAGGCGCCAAUAUUUCUCCCAUGCACACCAACGACCACGACGACGACUGGCCCCAUCGCCGUUCUCAUCGGCCUGCCGAAAGGAGGAAAGCAGCUGCUCAUGGAGAUGGGGCUGUGGGAAGGCGAGCCAACCCUACGCGUUCACGAGUGCCGCUCGUGCAGGGCGGAAAAGGCGGCAACAAGGCAAGCCAUUACCGCCUUCAACCGCGGUGGAGAGGGGCGGCAGCAGGUGGUGGACAACACGGGGCAGGGAGAGGAGGACGGCGGAGAGGACGGGGACUCGGGUGGGAGCGGGGCAGCUGGUGAAGCAGGCAAGAGGCGUCGCUGCUGCGUCGUGCGCGUUCUGUCUGAGCUCAAGGCGUUCAGGGAGGAGCUCAACAUGGUUGAGAAGCUCUUCAAGGCACACGGGCACCUGUGCAUCUUCUUGCCGAAGUACCACCCAGAGCUCAACGCAAUCGAGCGAUACUGGGGGUACAUCAAGCACCUCCUCCGCCUCCACUGCGAGUAUUCCCUUCGCCACAUGCUCCAGGUCUUGCCCGGCGCGUUGAGCGGCGUACCCGCACGGUUUAUCCGCGCAUGGAGCAGGGUGACGUGGCUGUACAUCGAAGCCUACGACGAGGGCCUGGAGGACUACCUCGAGUACCGCGAUCUCAAGGAGUGGGGGAAGCACCGAGAAGCCACCGCCAGGGGAGAUGCCGUGAUUCAGGCGAGGGGGGCGGGGAAGACGCCGGAGCAGAAGAAGGCAGCCGAGGCGAAGGCGCUUGCGGCUGCGCAGGAAGUGCGCAAGAAGUCGAUGGCAGCGACCAGGGAAGCCUUCAACACGUGGACGAGCAAGAGAGCCUCCCGGAAGGAGCAGCUACGGCUGUGGAUUUUGCGCAACACGAUGAAUUUUUUGAGGAAAUGGUUGGGCGGGCACGCUCAGGCGUGAGUGGGGAGGGUACGUAUCUAUAUGUCGCGGUGUGUUGUAGUGUUGGUUUCUCGCGUUUAGGCGCGGUAGAGGCGUUCGUCAUGGUCACCAACUCAACGCUAUAGCUGUCUCUCUUGGUAUCGGACUUGCUUAGAGAGAACGGAUGUGAUUGCUGCAUGCUUUGUUUGCAGCACAUUCACCAGCCAGGGGUUGAGUAGCAAGUAAACGGCGGUAUUGUAUGUAUGUACAUAUGUAACGUGUAAAUAAUGUAAAUAUGGAUUGACAACGGUUUAACUGAUGUUCUGAAGGCAUACACGUAUAGAAGGGAGGGGUUGAGGGGGGGUCGUGGUGUACUUUGGGGGCUCCGUGGGGUCAUGAGGGGGUGGGGGGGGCUCCGUGGGUCAAUUUGGUCAAAAAUGUCGCAUUUCACCCAAUCACCAAAAACUCAUCGGAUAUCGACGAAGCUCGACGCCGCGGUCACGCCCAAAGUUUUUCACUUUCCAAAUCGUUUUUGUUCGAAAGAUAUCGCGAAAAACAAGAUUGUGAAUAUUUGCCCGAACGGACCAUACAUACGAUGGAAUGCUCAGCUCUCUCCCUCUCUCUCUCUCUCUCUCCAAUACCGAGGCUGUGCCGUCCACCCUCUACCCUGCUGCACUCCUGCGGGAGUUACUGCACAAUGAGGGCAGUUGAGCGGCAACAGCAAGUAGUUCCGAUCAACCCGCCCUUCUCACCAGCAGUGCAUGGCUGAUCCCUUAUGGAGAAAACACCGCACAACUAGCACACCGUUCUUAUCACUCUGCUGCUACUGGGUCAAGCAAGGAUUACCCACGAGAAGUCGUAGAUGGAGUCGACGGGCACGCCAAACUCUUCGUGGGUCAGGUUCUCUCGAAGAUCGGCCACGUGCAGGUGCUCCUCGUACCGCUGCCUCCGACCGCGCACGAAUGACUUGCUGAGGUUCUUCCCGAACUUCAUGAUCGCAGCGCGGGGAGCUAUGUAGACGAAGGGGGGCUUGCAGCAGUAGUGGUGUGGAAAACGUUUGCGGGUAUGCUGCAGCGACUCGUGCGGUUGUUCGAGGGGCACACCCAAUGGUCAUCCACUGA